CGGUUCAGGGAAAAUUCCGGGAAAGUUUGAUAGAUAGUGAGAAAUCGCGGGAAUUUGGAAAUUGACAACAGAAUGGGUAUACAAGGAUUAUUGCCGUUUCUGAAAAAAGCGAAAAAAGAAGUUAAUAUUAAAAAUUUUAGUGGUUGUACAGUUGCGGUAGAUACUUAUUGUUGGUUACACAAAGGUGCUUUUUCAUGCGCUGAAAAGUUAGCGAAAGGUGAAAAAACUGAUGGGUACGUACAUUAUUGUAUGAAAAUGGUAAAUAUGCUACUAGCAGCUGGAACCAAACCAAUAAUGGUAUUUGAUGGAAGAAAUUUACCAUUUAAAAGUAUUACAGAAGAAAAAAGAAGAGAAAGAAGAAAUAAGAAUAAAAUUCAAGGAAAAGAAUUUUUACGUGAAGGCAAAUUGAAAGAAGCCAAAGAAUGCUUUCAGCGUUGUGUUGAUAUUACUCCUGAAAUGGCACAUGAUGUUAUUUUGGCAUGUAGACAAAAAGGAAUUGAUUGUAUUGUUGCUCCAUAUGAAGCAGAUGCACAACUUGCUUAUUUAAAUAAAUGUGGAAUUGCACAAAUAAUCAUUACAGAAGAUUCUGAUCUUAUCUUAUUUGGAUGUGAAAAGGUAAUUUUUAAAAUGGACAGUGGAGGAUCAGGAAUACUGAUAGAAGCAACAUCUCUUUACAAAUGUAUGGGAUUACAUUCUGAAAAUUUUACUUUUGAUAAGUUCCGUUACAUGUGUAUUCUGUCUGGUUGUGAUUAUCUUCCAUCUCUCCCUGGUAUUGGGCUUGCUAAAUCAUGUAAAUUUUUCAGUAAGACUACAAAUCCAAAUUUGCAUAUGAAUGACAACGAACCUGAUGAAGAUCUUGAUAAAGAAUUAUUUGACAUGUAUGGUGAAUUGGAAGACAGUUUUGUUAAUCCAUCUAUGAAUAAAAGGCAAAAAACAGAUAAU